UUUGGAUGAAAAACUGGAGUCAUCUCUGAAGAUGGAGGCGAUGUGUGUCUGUCUGCCUCGCUUCAUCCAGUUUUGACCAUUCCUUUGUGCUCAAGAGCCGUCUUUCCCUUUCAGAAAUCGUUUUCGUUUUUGCGCGAGUCCUCGUGCGCUCCUCGAGUCUGCGUUUUGCCAGGUUUUUCUAAAGGUGAAAAGGUGAAAAUGGAGCGGCGAAGGCUUCUGUGCCUUUUGGGCUUUUUGCCGGCGUCUGCUGUUCUGUUGCUCUCAGAGUUUGGCUCGUUUCUCUUCGGCGCUGCAGUGUUUGCCGGCGAAAGUGAGCUGACCAACAGCCUUGAGAGUCUGGACGUUUCAGGCGAAGGCAAUCUCUGGUGGAAUGAGGAAAAGGAAAGUCCCCGUCGUCUAGAAGAGUCGGAAGCGAAUCUCCUGGACGGAGAAAUCAACAACUUCAUCUAUGGGGAGGCCGCCGCAGAGCCCGCGACCCCACGAUCGCUGCAAGAGGCGCCUGUCAUGGAAGGGUCAGAGUCGUCGACCGACGCGUUUCCGUCCUUCAUGCCUGUCGCCGAGCUCAACAGCGCAGGGCAGCGCGUGUUUCCGAACGGGCAAGUCGUGGAUUUACCGGCUAAAGACUCCGACGCACUGCCGGUCGUCGGGUGGAAGGCAGGCGACGACGGCCAGGAAUUCACCGUGACGCUUCUGACGGCUUCGGGGGACCUGAAGGAAGUCAAAACGACGGAGCAGGAGUUGAAAGACAGCAUUCUCAAGGGAAUUCCCCUCGAGUUCAAGGUCGUCGACGGCUCGGAAGACGAAGUCGUUUCUCCGCAGCACCACAAAUGCAAAAUGCAGGGGUGCUUCAGCGCGAGUUUCAGCAUGAUGCCCAUGCCGAUGCCCAUGCCGAUGCCCAUGCCUUUCCCGACGCCCUUUCCAGUGCCGACUCCAGUCCCCACUCCAAUGCCGAUCUAUCCGCCAGUCCAUCAGAUAUUUCAGGGAGGCUUCGCUAACCAAAACUCGUGGUUUUCUGGCGGGUCCUCGACUCAGUCUGGAUUCUUCGGGAGCGGCCCCGGGAUGAUGGGCAUGGGUGGAUAUUCAGGCAUCAUGUAGUUGGGCGGAGAAAAGCGGAAGACAGAAACGCGAAGAGGAAGAAAACGAAGAGAGAAGCGCCAGGCCCGUAGUUCGAACCGAAGUUUGUCCCCAGUCAGUCUCUUGCGAGAUGCUUUCAACAGGUUGACUCGCGCUUUUGCUGGUCGAAAGGUUCCUGAGAAAUCGAACGUCCAAAACGUGGGAAAUGUUCAAAGCACCGUUCCUUGUUCUCCGACAAACCAUUUCAAAAAACACGAAUUUACGCAUAUCUUCUGAGUCUUUCAAUUCCCCCCUUCCCGAAACAGGUGUCCAACGCUCCCUCUUGUUCUUGUGUCUCCAGCUACGCAGACAACAACCAUACAUAUACACAAAUGUAUAUAUGCACGUGUCUACAGACGCAACUCUCUCUCUAUACAUAUAUACAUAUAUGUAUACAUAUAUAUAUAUAUAUAUGUAUGUCUGACUAUUUCUUUAAGAGUUCAAUUACGCAUGUGUGCGGUGUGUAUCGAUUCGUAGGUGAUUGAGAAACGCUCUCGACUGCCAUUCGCGGAGAGCCGGAAAAGACGUUUCUCAUUUUCGAACUCUCCUCCAUUCUGUGAAACGGUGGAUGAGUCGAGCUGACUCUGUCUUUGGCGUGCUUCUCGUGGCCACUUCACAACGAAAAGAAACUAAAGAAAAUCGUUUGUUGGGGGACA